AUGGACUUCCAGGAAGAAAAUCAACAUGGUGUCUCAGUGGAUAUCCCGCCUGAGGAGGACAGACAAAUGGACAUGCAUGAAGUGUGGAUUCAUGCUGAGGUGCUGGUGAUUGACCCUUUGCUUCUUUCCUCAGGGCUGUGUCUGGGGCAGGUGAUACAGGCUCAGAAAGGCCUGCUGCCCAAGCCCUCCCUCCAGGCCCGGCCCAGCUCCCUUGUGCCCCUGGGGAAGCCGGUGACCAUCAGCUGCCAGGGCCCUCCAGGCGCGGACUUGUACCGCCUGGAGGAACUGAUAUCCCGGAAGUAUUUGGACCAGGCGGAGCUCUCCAUCUCGGCCAUGGAACAACGCUUCGUCGGACGCUACCGCUGCUCCUAUCAGAGCGGGACCAGCUGGUCUCCCCCCAGCAACCAGCUGGAGCUGGUUGCUACUGGAGUUUUCACCAAGCCCUCGCUCUCAGCCCAGCCCAGCACGGCAGUGGCCCCAGGAGUGGACGUAACUCUACGGUGUCUGAGCCAGUAUAGUUUUGACCAAUUUGCUCUGUACAAGGAGGGGGACACUGGGCCCUACAAGACACCUGAAAGGUGGUACCAGGCUGAUUUUCCCAUCACCACGGUGACUGCUGCCCACAGUGGGACCUACCGAUGCUACAGCUUUUCCAGCAGAUCUCCAUACCUGUGGUCGGCCCCCAGCGACCCCCUGGAGCUCGUGGUCACAGGGACCUCUAUUACCCCCAGCUGGUUGCCCACAGAACCACCUUCCUCUGUAACAGAAUUCCCAGAAGCCUCCAAGAAACUGAACCACUCACUCGUGAACGAAGUUGCCACCGCUGAAACUUCUAGGAAUAUCACCAUCCUUCCAAAGGAGUCAGACCCUCCAACUGAUCUUGCCUUCCAGUAUUACACUAGGAGCAAUCUGGUCCGGAUAUGCCUUGGGGCUGUGAUUCUAAUACUCCUGGUGGGGCUGCUGGCAGAAGAUUGGCACAGCCGAAAGAAACCCCUGAUGCACCGGGUCAGAGCUGUCCACAGGCCGCUCCCACCCCUCCCUCAGACCCAGAAGUUACACAGUUGUCAGGACGGGGGUCAACCAGAUGAUCAUAACUGA